CGACGUCACGGAGAUGGAGACGGACGGACGCCGCUGGGUCUGCAGGGCGAGACAGGGCAGUAUCGUAUGGUUUCCUUUCUUCCUCCCCAGGAGCGCAACAGCAACGCACACAGACACAGCCGCAGUGACCAGAGGAGACCAGCAGCAGGCCACCAUCACCACUACCACCAGCAGCAGCAGCAACGCAGGCACGCUCCAUCCACUCGUCAUUCCUCCGCCCUGUUGCUCGCCUCCACCACCCUGCUCCCGACCUCGCUCCGCCACCAAACCCUAGCCUACCUGCCUUUCCCACAAUCCCACCCCGUCCCCCCCCCCCCCCGACCCGAGGGCGACUCGCCCGCCAUUUUCUCCGCCCGAUUUUUCGGACAAGUGAUCGACCUCGCUUCCGACUUCUUCCCGCUCGGCCGGCGGGGGGUGGGGAGUACCAGGCCACUGCCGGCGACGCUAUCUUUUCUUCUUCUCGCUCUUCCAGGCAGACAGGCUUGCCGGCCGGCGGCUGAGUGAGGACAAAUAAAAGAGGCUUCCCCCACCCCGGUGCCGUCGCGGAGCGCCUUGAUUCGUGCUCAUGCCGGGGGCGCCGCUCAGGUGACUUGCUUGGGGGUGGGGGUGCCAUGCAGAGGUAUGCUGGGUUCAGCGGCAGCAGGGACGGGGCGAGGUUGGAAGCCUCACCGUUUUCGUCCUCCUCCUCCUCUGGUUACCCCGUCAGCUCCAGGCGGCAGCAGCAGCUAACUCCGUACAAGCUAAAGUGUGACAAGGACCCACUUAAUAACAAGCUUGGGCCACCUGACUUCUAUCCACAAACACUAAACUGUCCCGAAGAGACAUUAACAAAAGACUAUGUACAAUAUGGUUAUAAGGAGACUGUUGAAGGAAUUGAGGAAGCAAGAGAGAUUGUAAUAAGUCAGAUCCCAUACUUCUGUAAGCCAGAUGUUGUCAUAAAGUGCAAGGAGGUUUCGAUUUUCACAGCCUGCACAUUCUACUGGAUGUACUGCAUAGGCACUAAAGAAGCGUUUAAGAGCUAUCAAUGAAUCUCGUGCUCAAAAGAGAAAGGCCGGACAAGUUUAUGGAGUUCCUCUUUCUGGAUCUCUAUUAAUCAAGCCUGGAGUUUACCCAGAGCAAAGGCCAUGUAAUGAGGACACACGUAGAAAAUGGGUUGAGGCCCUUGCUCAGCCAAACAAGCGACUGCGUUCAUUGUCUGAGCACGUUCCUCAUGGUUAUCGUAGGAAAUCACUUUUUGAAGGUCUCAUUCGAUAUAAUGUUCCAUUACUAAGAGCAACAUGGUUUAUUAAAGUUACAUACCUGAAUCAGGCCCGACCGGCACCUAACAGUACUUCAGUAGUUGCUUCUGAUAAUCAACGAUCUAAUCAAUGGACAAAGGAUGUUGUUGAAUAUUUACAACAGAUUUUGGACGAAGUUUGUUCUAAAGAGGGUGCCAUUGUACCUCCAUCUUUUAAAGAGCAGUCAUCACCAGGACUUGCUGCUGGAACCAAUCAAAUAAAAAUGAAAACGGAAUCAUCUCCAGCUGGAGACAGUGAAGAACCCUUGGUGCACUUCAAAUGGCGGUAUAUGGUUCGCCUCAUCCAAUGGCAUCUCACAGAAGAAUUGCUUGUUCCCUCAGUACUUAUCGAAUGGUUAUCUAACCAACUUCAGGAGAGGGAUUCAGAUGAUGUUUUAGAGCUUCUUUUGCCUAUUAUACUUGGUCUGGUUGACACCAUUACUCUCUCACAAACAUAUGUGCGCAUGUUCGUGGAGCUACUAGUGAGACGUCUCAAUGUCGAUCGUCCAAAAAGGUUUUCAGUUUCUUCUGUUAUAGCAGAGUUACUGCGAUACAUGGUACUUGCAGUGCCAGAUACAUUUGUUUCUUUGGAUUGCUUUCCUUUCCCAUCAUUUGUGGUUCCUGAUGUAUAUGGUAGAGGUGCUUUGUUGAAGAUAACCAGUGGUGGUGGAAUUUUAUGUUCUAAGAGGCGUGAUGCUUAUCGGUAUUUGUCCUGUGGUUAUGCUGUUUCUUCCAUUCAGAAACGUGCACAUGAUCUUGCAGCAGUUGCUAACCCUAGCCUUCAAGCACGUGGUGCAGCCAAAGUGGUACAGGCUUUGGACAAAGCUCUUGUCACAGGAAAUUUGUCAGUGGCAUAUUUUUCACUCUUUAAUGAUUUAUCUGAUGCGUUAAUGGAAGAAAGAUGGAUUAAAGAAGUGAAUCCCUGUUUGCAGUCUUCUCUGAUGUGGAUUGGGACUGUUGAGCUAUCCCUUAUCUGUUCUAUAUUUUUCCUUUGUGAAUGGGCGACAUGUGAUUACCGUGAUUGCCGAGCAUCUCCCUCUCAGAAUGUGAAAUUUACAGGAAGAAGAGAUUUGUCUCAGAUACACAUGGCAGUGUCUAUCUUGAAGAAUAAAAUGGAUGAGAUGAAUAACUUGUCUCGUCCUAAGAGUAGUACUCGCAUCACCCUUAAUAAAGUUGCCAAAGGUUCUUUGAAUGAUGCUUGUUUGACAGCAGCUGCUGUGGAUGAUUCUUCUGGACUGAGAAGUAAUGCAAAAAAUGUUGAUGAGAAGAAGGAUACAAAUGAUAUCUUUGAAAGCCCUGGUCCACUGCAUGAUAUUAUUGUGUGUUGGUUGGAUCAGCAUGAAGUUAGCAACGUUGCAGGUUUUACCCGGGUGGAUGUUCUUAUCGCGGAGCUUAUCCGCAAUGGUAUAUUUUUCCCUCAGGUUUAUGUCAGGCAGCUAAUUAUUAGUGGAAUUACUGAUAAGAACGAUACAAUGCUGGAUGUUGAAAGAAAAAGGAGGCAUCACAGAACUUUGAAGCAGCUUCCUGGGUCUUCUUUAUUUGAUGUUCUUGAGGAAACUAGGACUGCAGAAGAGCAACAGCUAUAUGAGAUGAUGUCAACAUACUCUAGUGAGCGACGCCUUGUUCUCUCAGAACUUUCAUGUGGUCAUUCAUUUUAUGCAAGUGGCAGAGGUGAGUACACUUCAAGUUCCUGCAUUCGGAAGCAGAGUGAUCUUCCAGUUGCAUCAGAAGGUGAUAAGCAUGGAAGAGUGCUAGAACAAGUAGAAGAUGUUAAAGCUCUUUUGUCAAGUCUGUUGGGUUUUACAUAUCCUCCCCUAGUGGAAUCAAAACUUUGUGAAAUCAAAACAAGCUUUCAAGAAUCAGUAACGUCAACGCUCACACAAGUUGAGACUGGGGAAGCCAAAAGUGGAUGCGAGGAUUGUAUGAGGUCCAAGGGGCAGAAAUUGGAUGACAGCGCCACUCCUUUCCAAGGGUUUCCAUUGAUUCAAUCAGGCGAGGAGGAUAUUUGGUGGGUGAAGAAAGGGACAAAGUUACAAGAAUCUUUCAACGUUGAACCUGUACAGAAGUCUGUUAAGCAAACUUCUAGAGGUAGGGCAAAAGUUGUUCGUAAAACACAAAGUCUUGCACAGCUUGCAGCUGCUAGAAUCGAAGGUAGCCAGGGGGCAUCUACUAGUCAUGUUUGUGAAAGCAAGAUGAGCUGUCCCCACCAUGAACCUAAUAACGAUGGUGACAACGUCAAAGAUUUUGAUCACACAAGGGCAGCAAACGUGACUGCAAUAGGGAAGUCACUAAAAAGACUUAGAUUGCUCGAAAGACGAUCUGUCUCUUCAUGGUUGUUGAAAUCAAUAAGACAGCUUGUUGAUGGAAACGGAAUGACAGCUUCUAAAGCUACCAAUUCUAUAAGCAUCCUUCCUUUGCAGCCUGAUGAUAAAACUGCAUCCAAAUGGAGGCUAGGUGAUGAAGAACUGCUGUCAGUUCUCUAUGUACUGGAUACAUGCUGUGAUUCAGUCUCUGGAGUGAAGUUCCUCAUAUGGUUACUAGUGAAAAUUCGUGGAGUGGGCUCCUCAGGUCAACCUGGGAGGACUUAUAUGCUUAUGAGGAACAGAGAUCACCAAGUUUGUCAGGUCAACGAGGCACUUGUGUUCUCAUCUCUGCUUAGGUAUGAGAACAUACUUCUUGCGACCGACAUCUUGCCUGAUGUUCUAAGUGCUUUAGUGAACAGAAAUUCUAUGUCAGCAACUACCAGGCAUCCUGGUUCAACAGCUUUUGCUUAUGUUCGAUAUUUUUUGAAGAAAUAUAGAGAUGUGGCUAGUGUGGCCAAGUGGGAGAAAAACUUUCGGACCACUUGUGAUCAACGCCUGUUAGCUGAGCUUGAUAAUGGGCGGUCCAUUGAUGGUGAUUUGGUAUCUUCUUCGGGUAUUUUAGCAGGCGAGGAGAUUGAUGAGCAGGUCCGCCAAAAGUUGAAUGGAAGGAGUUCAAGACUCGUGCAGAAUAUGAAAGAGAUAGUGCAACGGCAAGCUGAUGGAAUUCAGCGCAGUUUAAAGGAAAAGAAAGUUCUUGCAGGCGCAGCACCCAGGAAUCCACUCACUUUUGAGAAAGAAGAUAGUUAUCAAAUUGCACAUGACAUUGUUUUGGGCUUAGUAGAAUGCAUCAGGCAAAAUGGGGGUGCAAAUCCAGAUGGAGACCUUUCAAUAGUUGCUUCUGCUGUUUCUGCAAUCGUUGUGAAUGCUGGGCAUAUGAUAGCAAAACAUUUGGAUUUUGCAGGAGGAAACUAUCAAGGUGUUAAUUCUGUGGCUACUUCGCUAAAUUUUGUUCGGCACACUUUACUUAUUCACAUAAAUUCUCUUUGCUUACUAAAAGAAACUCUUGGAGAUCGCUUCAGCCGUGCCUUUGAAAUAGCUCUGGCGGUUGAAACUUCUGCAGCUGUUACAGCAGCUUUUGCUCCUCCAAAGAUGCACCGCAAUCAGUUUCAACCAUCUCCUGAGGCCCAUGAUGCAUAUGGAAAUCAUACAAGUGAGCUCAGCAACUCAGGGAAAGGUUUUGUUGGGAGAACUGCAAAAGUAUCUGCUGCUAUUUCUGCUCUUGUUGUGGGGGCUGUUGUUCAUGGAGCUGUUAGCCUUGAGCGGAUGGUUGCUACUCUAAAAAUAAAAGAUGGUCUGGAUAUUAUGCAGCUUUUGAGAGGUUUGAAAUCAAAUACGAAUGGUGUAUCCCAUCCUACUGGAGGUUUUAGGAUUGAAAAUUCCACGGAAGUUUCGGUACAUUGGUUUAGGAUUUUAUUGGGGAACUGCAGAACUGUCUAUGAUGGGCUUAUUGCAGAUAUUCUUGGAGAUCCAUACAUUAUUGCACUCUCAAGGUUGCAGCGGAUGCUUCCUCUAACUGUAAUUUUUCCUCCAGCCUACUCAAUUUUUGCCAUGGUUCUUUGGAGACGAUAUAUUUUUAACUGUGAAGAUCCACAACUUUAUCAGUCUUUUUCAAAUGCAAUAAACGAUAUUACCAGACAUCAGCCUUUUCGAGAGAUCUACUUCCGUAAUACACAUCGGCUGUAUAAUCUUCUGGCUUCUGAUGUUGGUGAUUCGAAGUUUGCAGCAAUGCUUGAAAGUCAUAGUCCGGACCGGAAUUCAAAAAUAUUGCCAUUUAUACCUCUCCGUGCACGCCUUUUUCUGGACGCUAUUAUUGAUUGCAACACACCAACUAUUCAGGGGGAUGGUGCUUCAGAGCCUUGUGAUCCCAAAGAUAAUGAACUAAAGCUUUCAGAGAGGCUUAUGCAACUUCUUGAUACUCUUCAACCUGCAAAAUUUCACUGGCAAUGGGUUGAGAUGAGGCUUCUUUUAGAUGAACAGGCUCUUAUGGAAAAAGUUGCAGCAGGCAAGACAACACUUGAAUCACUUCGGUCAUUAUCCCCUAAAGCUGAGGGUUUUGCCCUUUCUGAUAGUGAGAAAGGAUUUACUGAAGUCAUUCUAUCAAGGCUACUUGCUAGACCUGACGCUGCUCCUCUGUAUUCAGAACUUGUCCACCUUCUUGGAAAGCUUCAAGAGUCACUUGUUAUGGAUGUAAAAUGGAUUCUACAAGGGCAAGAUGCUAUUCUUGGGCGCAGGUCAACAAGACAACAGCUUGUUCAUAUUGCCCAACGAAAAGGUCUUUCAACAAAGGCACAGGUUUGGAAACCAUGGGGUUGGUCCAGCUUGCUUAGCGAUGCCAUUCCUAAUAAAACUGCAAAAAGGAAGUUGGAAGUCACAUCAAUUGAGGAAGGAGAAGUUGUGGAUGACACUGUUGAUGCUAAAAGGACUACCAAGACUCCCCCUCAUAGUGUUGAUAGAAGCUUUGAAGGGAUUAGAUCGAUAAAUAAAUAUUUAACUGAGAAAGCCCUUGCUGAAUUAGUAUUGCCUUGCAUCGACAGAAGUUCUGCUGAUAUCCGUGGUAUACUUUCUGUUGAUUUGACCAAACAGAUGGGGGCUAUUAGUGAACAUAUCAAAGCAAUAGCAUUGAAUGGUGCUAAACAAGCUGGUUCAGUUUCUUCAGGAAAUGAAGUGCCAUCGAACAAAUCAAGUGGCCGUAGAGGAAUUCGAGGUGGAAGCCCAAACAUUGGUAGAAGAGCUCCGGUUGGUAAUGACCCAAGUCCUCCUUCGGCUUCUGCUCUGCGGGCAGCGUUGUGGUUACGCCUCCAGUUCAUCAUUAGGUUGCUUCCAGUAAUCAUGGCAGAUAGGAGCAUGAGACAUACGCUUGCUUCUGCAAUUCUAGGCCUGCUUGCAACGCGCAUGAUUUAUGAAGAUGCAGAUUUGCCCCUUCCUCCUACCAACGCAACUGCUUUAAGGCGGGAUGUGGAUUCCUUGCUGGAACCUCCCCUGGAUGUCCUGCUUGACCGGCCUGGCGAAAGCCUUUUUGAGAAGCUUUUAUGCGUUCUCCAUGCACUGCUUGGUAGCUACAAACCAAGUUGGCUGAAGUCAAGGUCAGCCUCUAGGUCGUCAAUUAAAAGCCAACGAGAUUUCUCAGCAUUUGAUAACGAAGCAGCCGAGGGCUUACAGUCCGCGUUGGACCACAUGGAAUUGCCUGAAACAAUCAGGCGGAGGAUCCAAGCAGCCAUGCCUCUUCUUCCACCAUCCAGGCGCCCUUGUAUGCAAUGCCAACCUCCGCAGUUGUCGUUGGCUGCAUUAUCACCACUCCAGAGCAGUACCUCUGGUGUAGGUCCUCAACAGAAAAGUUCUUGUGUGAGUUGGGUGCCCACUAACGUAUCAGUCAGAAGCAAGGCAGCAUUGCCUUCUCAUGACCCUGAAACGGAGGUAGAUCCAUGGAGCUUGCUGGAAGAUGGCACAAACUGCCCCCCCUCCACAGCAUCUGGAAGCAAUGGCUCGAGUGGAGUGACGGGAGACCAUGCUAAUCUGAAAGCUUCCAGCUGGCUUAAGGGUGCCGUGAGGGUGAGGAGGACAGAACUGACCUACAUUGGGUCUGUAGAUGACGACAGCUGAUACGUGUAUGAUUAUCUUGGUGAAUUGGAGGCAAAGAAUUUGGUCUCACUUGUUGGCAUUUGUGUCGUGUGCAAGUUAAAAGCACCAACUGCAUCGAAUUCUUUGAGAGCUCUGUACCACAAGGUGGAAUGGAAACCAUAUGGCUUUUGGUUGGUUGUUGUAGUGUUAGAAUACAUCGCUGCCCCCGAUUUGUUUUAGUUAGGGCCUGUGGGGGCGGCUGUAUAUAGUUGGAAUCCAUUUCUGGAUUCAAUGGGGGAGCUUAUUUGAGAAUCAGGCAGGAAGCCAUGUAGUAGAUUUCUAGCCAAGAGCCCUGUACUUGUUUUUUUUUUGGGUCUGAGAUGUAAUUGUCAUGUCACAUAUAUUCUUUUGAUCUAAGGCUGACGGAAGUUGCAUUGCCUAUUUGCUUUAGCUA